AUGUUAUUUUUUCAUAAUUUUAAACAAUAUUACCGAUUUAAUUUUUUUAAAAGCAUUUCUAACAAAUACUUGUCAACUGCAACAACAUCAAAUGAACUAGAAUCCCUGGUGUCAAAUUGCCAUAAAUUGCUGGAGAAUCCGAAUUUGCUUCCUAAUCACGUUAAAAAAUUACAUAACUUAGCAUUACAAGUCCGUCCGGGGCGCGAAUUCCUCGGAAUAAGCCAAAGUGAUCUAUGUGUUAAUAAUCAACCACUUCUGAAUGCUAAAAGAAUCAUUUAUGCCAUAUACGACAAGGUUGAUCCUGAGUUUUACUUCGUUGCAUCAAGAGAACCAGCAGCUGUAGAUUUCUACAAGCUUUAUUUAAAUUCAAUAAAUCAUUCCAAUUCCAUCCAUCAUAACAACCCUCUUUCUAAGUGGAUUUCCAAGCAUGACUUUGAUUCAUUGGGCCUAUACAUUCUGGAAAGUAUUAAUACAACUAAAAUAAGCUUUAGAAAUCUAUCAAAGGCCAGACUGCUGUUCUGGAGAUCCCAUCAGUUUGUAACAUUUAAAUGA